AUGAUUAGUGAUAUUGAAGCCGCACAUAUACUAAUUGCUCUGAGUCGUUCAAAACCUAGAGUUGUUGUGAAGACAAUGGAGAAGGAGAAUAGAGUUCCUGUUCAAGUUCCAGUUCCAGUUCCAGUUGCAGUUCCAAAGCAGAAGAGAUCUUCUUCUCGGAAGAUGAGAAGAAGCUUUCCUAUGCAUCCUUCUUGCUCAACUGCUAUAGUGGAAUACGUGAGUCAAGAAGAUGCAUCUCCUCCCUUGCGCCGCAAGAAACGUCAUCCUCCGUUUCCUCCUAUUACAAAACAACCUAAGAAGAAGGCAAAAGUAGUAGCCGCUUCUUCGUGGGCGUCAGAGCCAACUCCUGAUUGGUUGUUGAAGUUGGUGGAGGGAGAGGAGGAUGAGCCGAUGAGGAUCAUCGAGAAGGAACUGAGUGCAACCGAUGUUAACCAUAAUCACAACCGUCUCUCCAUGCCUUGCAGCAAAAUUCUGGACUUGGAGUUUUUGAGCAUUGCGGAACAAGGGCUCAUAGAAGAAGAUGAGGGGAAGAAGCACAAGACUGGAGUUAACGCGAAACUCGUGGUUAAAUUCGUGGAUUCUGAUGAUUUAAAGAAGUUUGGUGUGAAUUUGAGGAGGUGGAAGAUGCCUAAGGAGAAAGGGAGCCCCACUUUUAUUUACAAUUUGGUCACAGGGUGGAAUAAAGUGGUCGAAGGUUGUGGUCUAGGUGAGAAUGAUAAGAUUAGACUCUGGUCUUACCACUCUGAUGGUGAACUCAGUUUUGCUCUUGUCCUCGAUACUCCUGCUCCUCUUAGCGAUCUUCUUCUUCUUCCUCCUCCGGCUAGUGAUUCAGAAGAUGCCAAUCCUGAGGAGAUGAGCUCUGCUUUAGUGAUCUAUGACAAGUCUAACGAUGACUUGCAACCCAAGUAA